AUGGCCGAUACCAUACUUAGUCUUUUGGCCAAGCGUGAUAGUAUCACUGACCCUAACAAUGACCCUAACGUGGGGUCAUCUCGCGGCAAUGCUUCGUCGACCACUGGAGAUGUUGUCAAUGACCUGACCGGUGGUGGUUCGACGUCCAGUUCGGCGUUGAUAUCGACGCUGGCGCCAGCCUUGGUCAUCGCCGCUUUUUGGUUUGGCCUGUUUAUCAUAUGUCGUCGGACGCAACAGCGCUGGUACUCGCCAAGGUCUUAUUUGCAUAAUCUCCAUCAUCAUGAACGUACUCCGGAAUUGCCUGGCGGUUGGGUUAACUGGUUUGCCCCAUUUUUCCAGAUUGCAGACUCACAUGUCCUGCAUCACUCGUCUCUUGAUGGCUACCUUUUCCUCCGGUUCCUUCGGAUGCUAUGCACAAUGUGUUUUAUCGGAAUGGUCAUUCUAUGGCCAGUGCUGAUGCCCAUCCAUGCCACUGGUGGUGGCGGUAACACGCAACUGGACAGGUUGAGUUUUAGUAAUGUCGUCAACCCUACGAGAUAUUACGCUCAUGUGGUCAUGGGGAUGAUCUACUUCACAUAUGUUAUAUUCGUCGUUACUCGUGAGAGUCUUUUUUACGCCAAUUUGCGACAGACCUACCUCAAUUCGCCCGCCUUUGCAGAUCGUCUCUCCUCCAGAACUGUCCUUUUCAUGUCGGUCCCCGAUGCAUACAAGAACGAAAAGAAACUCCGACAGGUGUUUGGUGAUGGCAUCCGGCGAAUCUGGAUUACCUCGGAGUGCAAGAAACUCAAUAGCAAAGUGGAUGAACGUGACAAAUUGGCGUUGAGCUUGGAACACGCAGAAACAAAGCUUAUCCGCGCUGCCAACGCAGCCCGGUUGAAAGAGAUAAAGGAAAAUGCAAAAAAGCCCAAGGUCUGCGAAGAUUGUGAAAUGUCAGACUCGUUAUGGUCACGCAAAGUCAAACGGCCGAUGCAUCGCGCCAACUUCUUUGGAAAGAAAGUCGAUAGUAUCCAGUACUACCGCGCACGCCUUGCCGUCGCAGUUCAAGAAGUUGAGUCACUACAGCAGCAGCACCGUGAUGGCGACGCCAAAUACCUCUCUGCGGUCUUUAUCGAGUUCAACUCCCAGCCCGAAGCCCAGGUGGCACUCCAGACUCUGUCACAUCACCAGCCAAUGCAUAUGACGCCACGGUACACGGGAAUUUCUCCGCAGGAAGUUAUCUGGUCGGCGCUGAAUCUCAGCUGGUGGCAACGGAUUGUCCGUAAAUUUCUGGUUCAGGGUGGAAUUGCGGUCAUGAUUAUUUUCUGGUCGGUACCUGCUGCCAUCGUGGGCACUAUUUCCAACAUUACGUACCUGGCAUCGACCGUACCAUUCUUAGGCUGGCUUGAGAAUCUCCCGGCGUUCAUCAAAGGUAUUAUUUCGGGAUUGCUUCCCUCGGCUGCCCUGGUGCUGUUGAUGUCGCUGGUCCCUCCGAUUUGCAGACUUUGCGCAAGAAAGGCAGGAUUGCCUUCACUAUCACGAGUGGAGCUAUUUACUCAAUCGGCGCACUUUUGCUUCCAGGUUGUUCAAGUGUUCCUGGUCACAACAAUCACCUCUGCGGCCUCCGCAGCCGUGGGCCAGAUUAUAAAGAACCCAUUGUCGGCGAAAGACCUCCUAGCACAGAACCUUCCCAAGGCAUCGAACUUCUACAUAUCCUAUUUUCUUCUGCAAGGACUGUCCAUGAGUUCUAUUGCCGUUGUCCAGAUCAUGAGUGCUCUUGUCUUUAAGAUCCUGACCAUGUUCUUCGCAAAGACCCCACGACGUCUAUUCAACCGCUGGACUCAGCUCACGGGCCUUAGCUGGGGUAAUGUCUUUCCAGUUUUCACCAAUAUGGGCGUCAUAGCCCUAACAUACUCGUGCAUUGCGCCUCUGAUCUUAUUUUUCGCCUUCGUCGGUCUCUUCCUCGUCUACCAGGCGUACCGAUACAACCUCUUGUUUGUCUACAACAUCGAUAUCGAUACCAAGGGACUUGUCUACCCACGAGCCCUCCAGCACUUACUCACGGGUGUUUACCUUGCUGAGAUCUGCAUGAUUGGCUUGUUUUCCAUAAAAGGUGCCAUUGGCCCUCUAAUAAUCAUUGCGUUUUAUUUGCUCCUUACCGUCCUCGCCCACAUCUCACUCAACGAAGCUCUCACUCCAUUAAUGAACUUCCUCCCCCGCUCCCUCGACAGCGAGGAAGAGGAAAUACAAGCAAAUCGCGAGGCCGAAGCCGCCUACAAGUAUGCAAUAACCCGACACGGCAAAAUCUGGAAGUGGUUCCACCCAACUCUGUACAAGGAUUAUGCCGAUUUGCGCAGAAAAGUGCGACGCGAUAUUGUCCGAAUUGAGUACUCGGAAGCUGAGCUUGAGAAGGCAUACUAUGAGCCAUGUAUCACGGCCAAGACGCCGAUGCUAUGGAUUCCAAAGGACCCGGGCGGUGUCAGCCAAGACGAGAUCAAACAGACGAGCACUGUGAUCCCAAUCUCGGACCAGGGUGCCCAUUUAGAUGAGAAAAACAAGAUACAGUGGAAUAAGGAUGAUGAAGAAUUGCCCAUGUGGGAGAGGAAAGUUUUGUACUGA